AUGCUCAAGGCAAAGCUCGCGUGCAAGAGAGCUUCGGCCCUCGCCGUCAAAACUACCCGCAAGUCGGAAGACUCGGAAAAUGUCCGCGUCUUUGUGGGAGAGGAGAGCCGCGAGUUCAACUUUUCCAAAAAGGAGCUGGCCUCGACGUCGCCGUACUUUGCCACACGUCUCGACGCCUCGGGGCUCAACUACCUGCAGCGCGACGCACAACUGAGCACGCUCUGGCUCGAGGACCUGUGUCCGGACAUGUUUGAGCUUUUUGCGUACUGGGCAGACCAGCGGCACCGAAGCAGCAGUCAUACCGGAGAAGGAUCCUCCUCCUUCUUUGCCGGCUUUGAGCUCUUUAUUGACGAGGCCCAGCUCCAAGACUGCUGCGAGGAGCUGCACUGGGACUUGGUCAACCUGCACCUCUUUGCCGCCCGCCUGGGCAUCGAUGCCCUCCAGGACGCCGCCAUGGACGCCAUCCAAGACAUGUACCUAUGUUGCGACUGGGACAUAACACCGCAGCUCGUCAGCCGGGCAUACAACCUCGAUCACGAGCAAGACCAAGACCAAGACAACGACCAAGAAGAAGAAGAAGAAGAACAAGACGACGAGGCCGCCAUGUACAGCUACCGCCUGCGCAAGUGGAUCGUGGCCAUGGUGGCCUGGACGCUCAACGGCUCGGGCGGGUGCGCCACGGACGCCGAGCAGGAGCGGGUGCGGUCCCUCUUUGCGCGGGCCCCGGCCCUGCGGCAGGACUACGACGCGCACAUGGACAAGUCGUCGCGCAGCCGCGUGCGCCUGCAGUUCAAGAACCCGCAGCUCCGCCUCCCGAGCAACAGCCUGCGCAACGACGAGCGCCAGUUCGGCUUCCGCCAGUGCUCCUUUCACACGCACCGCUCCUCGGUCGGCCAGGGCCGCUGCCCGCACUCGCUCGCCGCCAGGAAGGAGGCUGCUGCUGCUGCCCACCGCCGGGUUCCCUCCUUGUCCUUUCUCGACUCGGAUGUGGAGGAAGAGGAGCUUGAGUCUGAUGCGGAACUGGCAUCGUCUCCUUUGAACAACCGCCGCAGUAUCGUCGGUCAUCUCGAGCUCCCUCUCGGCAGCAUCACGGACAAGGAACUCGUGGCCUCGCCAAGGACCAUGAUUUUUGACUUGUACCUGGACAUUGACUAA